AUGGCACCGCCAGAUCCAGCCGCUCUAGCAGCAGUCAUGCCACAAACAAUCGCCAGAUUCAUGCAGCUCAGUCAGGAGCAAGCACUUCACGAGAAGAUCAACUCCUUACAGGAGACGGUGGCCACCCUCCGAGAGCACUACGACCAAGAGAUCAAAGCCCUACAGGCUAUUACUUCCGCCCAGAAAGACCGCCACGAGGCAGAAACCACAGCCUUGCGCGAGGUCAUCACCAACCUCCAAAACCGCCACAGCAAGUACGAUGAAGAGAUCAGCUCAUUACAAAAGGAAGUCACGCACCUUCGAACCUUCCCCAGGGAGCAAGACAGGGCACUUGGACAGCCCCACCCACGGGGCGUCAAGAGGGAACGUGCGGAUGAUGAAGCGCGCCGUCACAAAGGAAAGAGGCAGUCGCUCGUGGACGCGGCUUCCCGACAACAAGACUUCGUAGACUACGUCAUAACAAUGCGCGACGAGUUCAACAAGACGGACAAUUACGGAAGGGACCAGAGGGCUUUCAUCUGUCGCUUCAUCGACGGCAUUCAGGAUCCAGUCCUCUCCCGUUGGUUCCAGGAGUCCCUGAAGGCGCGGUUCCCCGACAGGGUACAUGACGAGAAGCGAUCCGCACGCAAAGCCGGCGGCGGCGGCCGGAUCGUCGGUCCGACCAGAGACCUGACGUGGAAGGACGUCGAGACUGUCUUGAAGCACACGCUGUGGCCUUCCAUGGACGGCUGA